AUGGAAAAGUUCAGCCAAUUCCGUGAUCGAGCGACGGGCAUUGCGCCAUUUCUUCCCGUCUCAACACCCGUAUCCAUCGUCGCAACGUUCACCCACGCCGCUUUAUUCCUCUUCCGCCUGCCGUUCUUCAUCGCCUACUUUCUUGGCUAUUUCCUCUUCUUCCACUUCCUCCCGCUGCCUGUCAUCUUUAGAAAAGUUGCACUAUGGGGGUUGAUGGCCAUACCAGGAAUAUGGUGGAUUGAUCUCCAGCUUGAUGGUGUCAAGCGUGGCACCCUCGCCGACCAGCCCCGCGAACGAUUCCCCCACCCAGGCUCCGUCAUUGCUGCCAACUUCUCGAGUCCCAUCGAUGCCAUCUACCUCGCGGCCAUCUUCGACCCGAUCUUUACUAUUUCCUAUCCCGACACUCGUCGGGUGCAGCAGGUUAGCUUGCUUGGUGCUGUCCUAGCAGCCCUCUCACCCGUACGAACUGGUCCUCUCAAGAACGCCAAACUCGUCGAGAUCAAGGAUAUUCUGGCCAACAACCCCGGACAGGUCAUCGCUGUUUUCCCCGAGUGUGGUACCACCAACGGAAAGGCAAUUCUUCCUUUCAGCCCGAGUAUUCUUCAAACUCCAGUCGACGUCCACAUCUUUCCCAUCAGCAUCCGAUACACGCCCUCUGACGUUACGACGCCCGUACCUGGGAAGUGGUUCCGAUUCUUGUGGGACCUUCUUUCUCGACCAACGACAUGCAUCCGAGUGCGCAUUGCUGAGGGACAGAUCAACACAUCUGCUGCAAAGACAAAUGGUAUCUCACCUGGCCCUACGGAACUACGCCAAAGAAAUAAUACCGGCUCUGGCGUUUCGGCAGAGGAACAACGUGUGCUUGACCGUGUAGGUGAGGCUCUCGCUAGACUCAGCCGCGUCAAGCGGGUCGGACUUACGAUGAAGGACAAAGCCGCAUUUGUUGAUGCUUUGAAGGGGAAGAAAUAA